AUGCUGGAUACCAUUACCGAUGAAUGGGAUCCGAAAGAAGUCAGUGACAGUGACGUGCUGGAUAUUCUCGAAUUGACAAGAUUUUUCUUGAGCGAUCCAUUAGCAAGACUUUGGGUGGUUGUCAUGUACAAUCGGCACAAAGAUGCAUCAGGUAGCAAGAUGGCCGAGAUUUUAUUUCCUCGCUUUUCGAAUGAUAUCUCGACAUUAAUCGCUGCCGGAGAGAAUUCCAUCCUCUCUGACAUUAAUUCUCUUUCAACAAAUCUGAAAAAGAUGGUCAUAGAAAAAACAGUUUCUCCUAGUCUUUCACAUUAA